GUGAGUUGCUUCCUCCUUCAAGCUGUAAAUGAAAUGCGUUCACUCUGAGGUGAUAAAAUGUGUUUCAUGAUUGUUACAGCCUGUUUCUCUGACGUAUUCAACCACUAUGUGCCUCUCUUCCUCCUUUUCAACUUACUAAAACCUACAAAGUCGUAAAUCUAAUCUCUAAGCUGGCACGGUGCUGAGGGGAUGAGGCACCGCAGAUAUCUGAGGGCAGAUAAUCCUGUUUGUCUCCAGAACUGUGGAGGCUGCAGGAAGAACUGGCAAGCUGCAAGAAGCCCUGGCAUUUGCCCAUCGGUGUAAGGACGAGCCAUCUCUAUGUUGUUGUCAUUCAGCCCAAUCUCUGGGAUUUGGUUUUGUUUCAUCGUUAAAUAAAAGUGGUGCUUUUCCAAGAAACGUAAUUUUAAAAUUGGAUUCGGGAACAACCUUUUUAUUUCUCAAUGUGGAGGCAAGUUUUGAUCUACUUCAGGACCCACAGCUACCAUGCAGACAACUGUCAAGCGAAAGAGACCCUCCAAAAUGAAGGUGAAGAGGAUAUUAAAGCAGCAAAGUGGAUUUUCAAGCCUCCGAGGCCGGCCGGGCCCCUCGCCCCGGUGUCAGCUCUGCUCCGCAGCCCCUUCCUGCGGCCGCAGCUCCCCGCCCGCCCGCCUUGCCCGCGCUUCGUCUCGGCGCCCCGUCCAGCCGCGCCGGGGCCCCGCUUCGGCCCCGCGGGUUUAGCGGCGCUGCUGGCCGGCCGCGAGGCCCCCGCCCGCUGCCCGCUCGCCGCCCUGCUGCGGGGCCGCCGGGCUGAGCCGCCGCCCAGCCGCCUCCCCCCGGAGCGCCGGAGAUGCCCGGCGAGCCACGGAGCCGCGCAGCCGCCCGGCGCUCCCAUGGGAUCAGAACGGACGGAGAUGCGCAAACGGCAGAUGUCUACAACCCAGGAGACCCCAGGUGCUGCACAAGCUCAGCACAGCACAGGAAAUCGAGGGUCCAAUGCUUGCUGCUUUUGUUGGUGCUGUUGCUGCAGCUGCUCAUGUCUUACUGUUAGAAAUCAAGACGAGGAGAGAGCAAGGAGAACAUCUCAUGAACUCCAAGCAGAGGGUAUUCCAAACUGUGAGGAAAGCCCUGCUCCUACUCUUGAAGAAGUAAAUGCCUGGGCUCAAUCAUUUGACAAGUUGAUGCUUACUCCAGCUGGCAGAAAUGCAUUUCGUGAAUUCCUACGAACAGAAUUCAGUGAGGAAAACAUGCUUUUCUGGAUGGCCUGUGAGGAACUAAAACAAGAAUCCAACAAAAGUGUCAUUGAAGAAAAAGCAAGACUAAUUUAUGAAGAUUAUAUUUCUAUCCUUUCUCCAAAAGAGGUCAGUCUGGACUCCAGAGUAAGAGAAGUUAUUAACCGAAAUAUGCUGGAACCCUCACAACAUACCUUCGAUGACGCACAGCUUCAAAUUUAUACCUUAAUGCACAGAGACUCCUACCCACGGUUUAUGAACUCUGCUAUUUAUAAGGAUUUGCUUCGGUCCUUAUCUGAAAAAUCCAUUGAAGCAUAAGAUUUUUUCUUAAAUGUAUUUAUUUUAAAACAAAUGGAACUCUGGGCUACACCAGUUCACAGGGAAUUUAGAAUUAAUCAGAUAUUUACCUGAAAAUAACUCAGGCAAGUUUUACUACAGACUGAAUAAUUCAAACCCGCACAAGGCUCUGACAUAAUCAGCUAACUACAGUUUCUGAUCAAAUUCAGUGUUACUUUGCAAAAGAGAAUGAAGAGAAUGAAGAGAAAAUGUUGUUGUUCAAAAAAUGCAGUAUUUUUUCAAACGCAGCACACAACUCGGAUGCAAAUCUGUUACAGCGUAUGUCUGAGGUACAAAUGCCAACUGAGCAUGAAAACAGAAUUUUAUUUUUAAGUGGAGUGUUAGAAUUCUCUCGAAAACCAAACCAGUUAAUCCAUUUGCACUGUGACCAAAGUGGAAACAGUACUGUCAAUAUCUGAGUUAUAUUAAACCAAGUUUCACCUAUUGUCCGAACUGUAUCUGGCACAAGUACACUCCACUUGUCUUGGUAUAUUUAAUGUGUGUAUGGUGCACUAAUGGAAAUCAGUAUGGCAAUCUCAAGUUUACGAAAGCUAAUGGUUGAAAUAAUGCUGCCUAUAAAAACCUUUUGCUGAAGAAUUGUUAUUUUACUACUAGAGUCUGCUGAAAGCAUUUUUAAGUUCAUAUUGUUGAUGUUUAUAAAUUAUUUACUUAAGAGGAAGAAGAGUCUGGGCAUUUAAAUUCUGAAAUAAAGCACAAGAAUUCUCACAUAUUCUUCUCUUCCCUUGCUAGGUACAUAUGAGAAACAUUUCAGUGUUCACUCUCAGAAAGACUGCAGUAUCACAUCUUGGGUUUGUACAUACUAAAUCCUGCUAUUACCUGACAGAUCUUUUAAGUUUUCUGGUACAGAUGCUUAUACACUGAACUGAUAAAAGGGGGAAGCUGCAUCUAUUGUGCUCUGAUGUAGCACUAUUUUAGACUGUUGGAAAGAAAAGCAACAGCUCUAUCUGCUAAUAAACCACACUCAUUUACAGUAUCCACAAAAACAUUACACUUCAUUUAUGAUCAUAUCUCAAAAUCAGUAUUCACAGGAAGUACUUGGAAGAAAGUAAAUUGAAUCCACAUAAUCUAUUCGUAGAUGUGUUAUUCUGUUAUUAGAAUAGCUUCUUUACUUUAAAUUAGAAGAUUCACUACAAUUCCACUGAUUAAACUUUGGAGUCUAUAGUGGAAUUCCAUUAAAUUUUAUUCUUUCCCGCACAUUUAAAUGAAUCAAAUGACACAUAUAAGUAGGAACAGGACAUAUAGGGCACGGGGGGGGGGGGGGGGGGGGAACUUAGAAGGGGUACCAGCGAAGCACAGUUCAGUUAAAUUUACUGUAGCCUUUCUAAAGCCUACUCUUUGCCUAAUUCCAGCACCACUGAAAAGCAUAAAAUGGGUCUGUCUCUGAAUAUAGGAAAGGGAAAUAACAAGACAGAAUUUAGGAGAUCAAUUUAAUUCCUUCCUCAAUGCACUCGGCAGGAGGCACGUUCACCCCUUACUGCAUUCACAUUAUUAAAACAAAUAAUGACAAGACUUUCAUUACACAGCACCACAGGCGAAGACCCAAUAUACGCUAAGUUGACAACAAUAACUAUGGACCAGUUACCAUCAUCGUCUCCCAAAAACAAAGCACCAUUCAACAUGCCAGCACAAAAAAAGUAAACCAAAAAGCUUGAGAGACAGUAAAACAAAGUGCUUUUGCUCUCUGUAGCACAACACUGGAUGACUAAGAGGAAGCCCUUCUAUACACCAUUAUUUAAGACAUGGUUCAACUGCAACCACUGAAGGUAUCGACACUGCUUAUCUCAGAUGAAUUUGUAGGAAACAUAUCCAAAGCACUAUCAUACAAUCUCAGUUUACUUAAAAGUAUUGCAUAACAAGGAGUAACUUCAACAAAGCAAACUAGACAUAUCAGUAAGGCAGCGUUUAUAGGGAGCUUGCAGUAAGACUGACAAUGCAGCGCUUGUUUUAAUCAGGGCAGGUAAGACUGCUCUAAAACUCUUAAGUUGACAAAGUUUAACUAGGGCAAAUCUAGCUUGCUGGAAAUUUCAGACACAUACAUCAAAAAAGUUCAAAGUGUGUCAUUUCAUGAAAUGAAGGAUUUUAUUUCUUUUAAGUUCUCUCUCCUUCCUGCAAAGAUACCUCAUUAAGAGCUGGAAGACAGAUUGAAGAGUGGGACUUUAUAUCAAACAAUAUAUUUUAUUAUUCUGCAAGAAAAGGAAAGAAAAAGAUGCAAUGUAAUCAGAGGGGAGAGAAAACUAUAUUAGUUUGGGCAGUUUUAUGGUUCACAUCAGAUGAUUAAAAGAAGAAAAUAAUAACUUCUAAGCAAUUAAAAUUCUCUGCAUUACAAUUUGCUGACAGUUGCAAUGCACACCUUUACUGAAAAGUCUUAAGUUUUCUUAUGGUUUAGGUUUAAGUUUACACCCAACACCAAUGGGAGAAUGCUUGUCUCUAGACAACAUGAGUAUCUCUCAAAAAAACCCCACAAACAACCCAAAAUCCAAACAAACAUAGCAGUUCAGUGAAGUUCCUGGUGACUAGAUAAAGGGAAAAAUUGCACCCAUUUGUAAAAAUGGUAGAAAAGAGGACCCUGGGGACUACUGAUCUGUCAGCACCACUUCUACACUUGGGAAGAUCACGGAGCAGAUACUCCUAGAAGCUAUGAUAGGGCACAUGGAAGACAGUGAGUUGAAAAGAGACAGCCAGCAUGGCUUCACCAACAGCAAGUCUUGCCUGACCAACAUAGUGGCCUUCUGUGAUGGAGUGACUACAUCAAGGGACAAGGGAAGAACAAAUGGAUGUCAUCUAUCUGGACUUCUGUGAGGCCUUUGACAUGGUCUCCUCAACAUUCUUCUCUCGAAAUUGGAGAGAUAUGGUAGUGUUUAGUGGAUCAAGAACCAGCUGAAUGGUUGAAUCCAGAGAGUAGCGGUCCAUGGCUCAAUGUCCAGAUAGAGAUCCAUGAAAAGUGGUGUCCCUCAUGGGUCCAUAUUGGGACUGGUACUGUUUAAUAUCUUCACCAAUGACACAGACAGUGGGAUCAAGUGCACCCUCAGCAAGCUGGCAAAUGACAUCAAGCUGAGUGCUGCAGCUGACAUGCCUGAGGGAUGUUAUCCACAGGGACUUGCACAAGCUCAAGAAGUGGGAUCACAUAAGCCUCAUGAAGUUCAACAAGGCCAAGUGCAAGGUCCUGCACAUGGGUUCGGGCAACCCCUCCCAUAGAGGACAGGCUGAUAAUUAGGGUUGUUCAGCCUGGAGAAGAGAAGGCUCCAAGCAGACCUUAUAGUGACCUUCCAGUACGUGAAGGGGCCCUACAAGAAAGCUGGGGAGGGACUGCUAGGCUUGUAGUGAAAGGAUGAGGGGGAAUGGCUAUAAAUUGGAGAGGGGAAGAUUUAGACUAGACAUUAGGAGGAAAUUCUUCACUAUGAGGAUGGUAAGGCACUGGAACAGGUUGCCCAGGGAUGUAAUGGACACCCCAUCCCUAGAAGAGUUCAAUGCCAAGUUGGAUGGGGCCUUGAGCAGCUUGAUCUAGCGGACGUGUCCCUGCCCAUGGAGGAAGACGUUGGAAUUAGAUGAUCUUUAAGGUCCCUUCCAACUCAAACCAUUCUAUGAUUCUAUGAUCAAUACAGGCCAGAGGAUGAAGGGAUUGAGAGCAGCCCUGCAGAGGAGCUGGAGGCACUGGUGAAUGAAAAGCUGGACUUGUGCCAACAACGUGCACUUGCAGCCCAGAAGGCCAACUGCAUGCUGGGUUGCAUCAAAAGCAGCAUAAGCAGCAGGCCAAGUGAGAUGAUUCUGCCCCUCUACUCUCCUCCCCUGAGACUCCAGCCUGGAGUACUGCAUGCACCUCUGGAGCCCUCAGCACAGGAAAGACGUGGACAGGUUGGAGCAGGCCCAGAGGAGGGCCACAAAAAUGACUAGAACUUAUUUCUAUGAAGAAAGGCUGGGAGAGCUGGGCUUGUUCAGCCUGGAGAAGACUCGACUCUGGGGAGGCCUUUCAGUACUUAAAGGGUUCCAUAAGAAUGAUGGGAACAAACUUUUUAGUGCAUUGUGAUAGGACAAGGGGUAAUGGUUCUAAACCAGAAGACGAUAGAUUCAAACUAGGUAUAAGGAAUAAUUUUUUUUACAAUGAGUGUGGUGAAACACUGGGAUAGAGUGGCCAAAGAGGUGGUAGAAGCCCCAUCACUGGAAACAUUCAAGGUCUGGCUGAAGGGGCCUCUAAGCAACCUAAUCUAGUCGAAGACCUCCCUGUUCAUUGCUGGGAGUUGGACUAAAUGACCUUUAAAAAUCCCUUCCAACCCAAGCUAUUCUAUGAUUCUAUAGGCAAGCUGUUACAAGAAUAGCAGGAGAAAACAAUCAUAUUGACACAAGAUAUUAUUUAUAAUUCAUCAAGUAAGAAAUUAUCACAAAGUCAAUUUAUCCUAGCUUGAAAAUAAGCAUGGUUGGUUUGUCUUGGCAUUUAUCUAACUGCAGGAUGUCAUUAAGCUCUAACAACUUUCCAGUCCACUGGUAUGCUUUUUUCAAUGUCUGCACUUCACAAACUAAUAACUCCCACAGAACAUGCUUACUGUUAAAGAUUGCUCUUUUUUCACCAGCCUGCUAAGCAGUAUUAAAAUUGCAUGGGCUCCUUCAGCCAACAUAUUGUGCUUUACGCUGACCUUUAAAUUCCAAAUUCAUUAGCACAAUACGACCGAAAUAAAAAAUUUAUAUAUGUAUAUCCUGAAGGGCUCCAAUAUAUAAAGAUAGGUGAAAAUUUAUCACACAAGCAUCAUGUACUUAUGCACUUCUGAUUACAAAGCUUAUCUGAUAAACAGAAAGCCAUGAGAGAAGACUAUCAUAGCAUGAAGAAAUUUUUAAACAAGUUUCUUCAAGAAGUGCUUAAAAACGCGUGCCUUCUUCCAUGAAAGGUAUCAGUAUCAUACAAUUACAUUAAUGAAAGAUUUUUCUAUGCUAAAGAUGUAACUAAAUUAAUCCCAAACCUUGUAAAACUGUAAAACAAUUCAAGAUUGGUGAUGGUCUAGUGAAACAAAAGCUAACAUAGAGCUGCACAAAAUUGUACUGAAGAGGUGAAACUUCUCAGGUUUAUUUAUAUGAAUGACUACUAAUGACGUAUUUCAAAAGGCAGGCGUUUGAAAGGUAAUACAACCACUUUUUUGAGAAUGAAGACUUCAUGUUGAUGAAUUGAAGUUCCAUCUAAGCUGGUAUGGGUCGCAAGUUUCAAUUUAAAAUUCACAUAUAUGACAAGUGGAAUCCUGAACUUUGAAUAAAAAACAGGUACUUCACAACACUUGGAAAGUGCAAUAGGGCUUCAAAGUGGGAUUUACAAAAGGCAAGAUCAUUGAGCAGAUAUUUACUUUCUGCUUAGUGCUAGUCAAAAAGAAUCAUUCAGUACAAGGUAUUUUAAACCCCACACUUUCUUCUGCUCAAGUUAACAGAAUCGUAUAUGAGGAAAUGCCUUCUAACUAAGGAUGUGGAAGGUGUGUUUUCUGACCUGCAGAAACCUCUAGCCUUCCUUCUACAAGAAGGAUGACAUCCUUAAAGUUCUACACACAUACACUUUAAAAGGAACAUGGUCCCCUCUUUCUCUUUACUAGAUUACUGUGGAAACCAGCAUAGGUUGUAAGGGUAACUACGUUCCAAUCUCUUUCUUCUGAGAGAAUUAAAAUGUCUAUAAAGGUAAUAAACAAACCUGCUGUUCUUGCACAGGAGAGAUUAAUCACCAGUUCUGCCAGCACGUCUCACUGCAUGAAAUAUCCUAACAUACUGGGUCAGUCAUAGCAGGACUGAAGCUUAGUAAGUCAGUCAGCCAGCUGGGGAAAUGAGAUUCAGACCCAGCCCAUUUCUACAUCUCUCUCCUGUACAUCCUUCAAACUGCAUCCUUUCCAAUAGAGGAGGGCAAUUUCAGACAACUGGGAAAACCAAAGCACCCGUUGAACAGAAGUGCAUCAAAAGCUCACUGCCAGGCAGUUUUAUUUUUGGAUUUGAGUGAUUAAAAUGAAGCAUGAAUAGAAUACAGGCAGCUAUGAUUUGGUUUUGAUAUAGUUCUUAGACUUCUAUCUUUCACUGCAAGAAAGAAACUGUUCAUUUUACCUCAGGGACAGAAGAAAGAAAGUGUGAAGGCUGUUGCCACAGCCAUAAGGUAACAUUAGGUGAAACUUUUUAUUUGAACUCCUAUUUGGAUACACCUACACCAAAGAAAGCACUACCGCAGUUCCAGUUCUUUCAAUAAAGUCCAGAUAUAAUUCACUAAGUACAGAAAUACAAUUACUAUAUUUUCUCAAAAGGUCAUUUUUUUAAGUGUCACAGUCAGACAUAAAAAUU